UAAAAGUAACAAAAAUUAAGAAAAGAUGGGGUAAAGUGAGACGGUUCAAAAGUACAAGGGUGAAAUAGUGAAGUUACCCUUCUUAUUAUUUAAAAAUUGGUAAUAUUUUCCGUCUUUAAUAGAAUACGCCGUCGUUUGGUACAUAAACAUAACGCGAUUUAAUAAAGUAUAAAAUGUAAAAAGUAUGAAAAUUGCAGACCUUAAUUUCUAGGGUUGUUGUUCUUCGUUCACUCUUAAGCGCGGAAGGAUGAAUAACAAUCCGACGACGGCGGCGACGACGGCUGAGGCGGCGGCGCAUCUGCAAGAGGGAAUCAAUUUGUUGCUUUCUCGGUGGACUGCGCUUCGUAUGGCCGUCGAGAACGAGUGGGGCGGCCGUGGAUCUCUCCAGAAAUCGCAGCAACUCGGCGGCGAUAUCUUUCGUCUUCUCACUCAGUCCAAAGAGGAAGUAUCUAUUCGCCAUGUGGACGACAUGCUUUACGAUUUCAUGGAUACUCUCAAUACUGAUAUAGAAGAUGGCAGCAUCGAAGAGAUAUCGGAAAAAUUAAUGGUCAUGCAUGAGGAAUGUUUGGAAGGUAAUUUUGGCUCAAUAAGGAGUUUGCGGGAAACAAAUACUCCUAAUCUGUCUUAUGUCAGACAGCGGGGAAUCAAUGACGAGGAAGAAAGUGAAGAUGAUGCAUUGAGAGAAGAUAACUCUCGUCCGAAAUGGAAGUUGAUGCUCCACAAUGCCAAUCAAUUCCUAGUCUAAAGGACUCGGUUACCAAUCACACAAACGCGAGCGGAACACCUGAAGUUGUCGAUGAAUGGAAGGUAGUAUGCUCCAAGCGGAGUAAAAGUAAAAAUAAAUUGAAGUAACAGCUUAUCAGUUCUUAAAACAUAAAACAGCUUAUUAGACGUAAUAGCUUAUUAACUAUUUAAAAUAAACUCAGUCAAAGGGGCCCUAACCAUUAUUUCAAGUUAGGUUGGGACUUAUUAAUACAAUUUUAUUUUUUUGGAGACCUUACUUUAA